AUGUUAACCUGCUUAGCUCACAUACCUCACCAUCAUCAACAACAACAACAUAACCAUGGAAAAUUACCAAAAAGACAUGGCCAUGGUGAAGAACAUGUUACAGUGACAGUGAAAGGUGUUUCUUCGAUUGCAGAAACUGAAAACAACUUCAUCUGUGCAACUUUGGAUUGGUGGCCAUCCUUUAAGUGCAACUAUGGACAAUGUCCAUGGGGAAUGGCUGGUAUUUUAAAUUUGGAUUUAAAUAACCAAAUUCUCAAAAACGCUAUCAAAGCUUUCAAUCCUUUGAGGAUCCGAAUUGGAGGAUCAAUGCAAGAUCAGAUCUUGUACAAGGUGGGAAACAACAUUAAAAAUUGCCCCCAAAUCACGAACGACACAAAUGGAUUGUUUGGAUUCUCCCAAGGUUGCCUCACAAUGGAGAGAUGGGAUCAGAUCAAUAAUCUUUUCACACAAACAGGAGCCAUAGUAACUUUUGGGUUGAAUGCACUAUUUGGGAGAAGAAAGCUAAGUGAUGAUGGUCUCUAUGGAGACAACUGGAACCCACAGAAUGCUCGCGAUUUGAUACAGUAUACCAUCUUUAAGGGAUACAAUGUUGAUUCAUGGGAGUUAGGAAACGAGCUUUCCGCAGAUGGAGUAUCUGCAAGGGUAGAUGCUGAUCAAUAUGGAAGAGACAUGAUCACUCUCAGAAAUCUUAUCAAUGAAUUAUACAAUAAUAAAACUAAUAAACCAAGGAUAUUGGGACCAGGAGGCUUCUAUAAUGAAACAUGGUUCAAAACCUUUCUUCAAGUUUCAGGUCCUAAUGUGGUUGAUGUGGUUUCUCACCAUAUCUACAAUCUUGGUCCAGGUAAAGAUUUAGAUCUGAUCUACAAAAUCCAAGACCCAUAUUUUCUUAAUAGGGUAGCUCAGAUGUACAAAGACAUUAAGAAUACCGUCCAGAGCUUUGGUCCAUGGGCAUCUAUUUGGCUUGGGGAGUCAGGUGGAGCAUUCAAUAGUGGGGGCAAAUAUGUGUCCCAUACCUUUGUUGAUGGCUUCUGGUAUUUAGAUCAGCUUGGUAUGACAUCGACCUACAACCACAAGACUUUCUGCAGACAGACUUUGAUCGGUGGGAACUAUGGUCUCCUUAAUACCACAACAUUCAUCCCCAAUCCAGACUAUUAUGGUGCUCUUCUUUGGCACCGAUUAAUGGGACCAAAGGUUCUCUCAACAACUCACAGUGGCUCUCCAUACUUGCGUGCAUACUCCCAUUGUUCAAGAACAAAGGGAAUUGCUGUACUUCUAAUAAAUAUGUCCAAUUCCACCACCUUCACUGUCUCGGUGGCUGAUGACAUAAACUUGAAUCUUGACUCUGAAAGCAAGAAUGUCGAAAACUCUUACAGAGAAGAAUACCAUUUGACCCCCAAAGAUGGUAAUAUCCAGAGUGAUGUGUUACUACUGAAUGGGUCUCCCUUGGUGCUCAGUGAAUCCUUAGAUAUUCCCCCACUAAAUCCUAUUAAGGUUGAUGCUUCAUCUCCUAUCAAGAUUGUUGCUGAUUCAAUUGUCUUCGCUACUCUGCCGGACUUCAAGGCUCCUGCGUGUGUUCAGAGUUGAGCAAUGU